AUGAUGUGGUGGCGACACAUAUCGCCUAUUUUGGUUUUACUGAUGGGAAAAAGUGGUGGUGGCAAAACGUCAAUGCGGUCAAUUAUAUUUGCUAAUUAUAGCGCAAAAGAUACACGUCGUUUGGGCGCCACAAUUGAUGUUGAGCAAUCGUAUGUUCGAUUUUUGGGUAAUUUAAUUUUGAAUCUAUGGGAUUGUGGAGGACAAGAAGCAUUUAUGGAAUGUUAUUUUGCUGCGCAAAAAGACAACAUAUUUAAAAAUGUUGAAGUACUCAUUUAUGUAUUCGAUGUUCAAAGUCAAGAAAUAGACAAAGAUAUGCAUUACUAUCAGUCAUGUUUAGAAUCUAUUUUACAGCAUUCACCGCAAUCAAAAGUAUUUUGUCUGGUUCACAAAAUGGAUUUAAUUCCAGACGAUUUUCGGGACAGAGUAUUUACAGAACGUGAAGCUAUAUUAAAGAAUUUAUCAAAACCAUUGGAUUGCAGUUGUUUUCGUACAUCGAUUUGGGAUGAAACAUUAUAUAAAGCAUGGUCACAAAUUGUUUAUCAACUCGUACCGAAUGUCAAAGGUUUGGAAAAAACACUUGAAAAUUUUGCUGAAAUAAUUGAUGCUGAUGAAAUAUUGUUAUUUGAAAAAGCGACCUUUUUGGUUAUCUCGCAUUGCACACGAAAACAGCAUCGAGAUCCUCAUCGUUUUGAAAAAAUAAGCGAUAUAAUAAAACAAUUUAAAUUAAGUUGCAGUAAACUAGCGGCAGCAUUUCAAUCAAUGGAAGUUCGAAAUUCAACAUUUGCUUGUUUCAUUGAACUAUGUACACCGAACACAUAUGUCAUGGUUGUAAUAUCCGAUCCAAGUAUAUCGUCAGAAGUAACACUAAUGAACAUUCGUAAUGCUCGAAAAGUAUUCGAAAAACUUGAGAAAGACGGUGCUAGAGCAUAA